UCGCUGCUCGCCCACCACGAAGACCUCCUGCAAUCGACGGCGCGAGAGCUUGUAGUGUUGAUCGAUGGCAACGGCGAAGAGCGUCGAUUUCCCCGCUAACGGCGGCUUUGCGUCGGAUCCGAAUGAGAGCGAGGGCCACGGCGACAUCGAGGCUGGCGGCAGCGCGAGCAUUCCGGCUCCGGCGACGACGCCGAGGCCGAGCAGGGGACAGCGCCUCGCCUCGCUCGACGUCUUCAGGGGCAUCACCGUCGUGCUUAUGAUCAUUGUGGAUGAUGUUGGUGGCCUUGUCCCUGCUAUCAGCCACUCACCAUGGGACGGCGUCACGCUUGCAGAUUUUGUGUUCCCCUUCUUCCUCUUCAUCGUUGGAGUCUCCUUGGCCUUUGCGUUCAAGAGAGUGCCAAACAGAGCGCUGGCAACCAAGAAGGCUAUGAUCCGGGCUUCAAAGCUCUUCCUUCUAGGCCUAAUUCUUCAAGGUGGCUUCUUUCACAGCAUCCACGAUCUUACUUAUGGAGUUGAUAUUCGUGAGAUACGGUUAAUGGGCGUACUUCAGAGAAUUGCAAUAGCGUACUUAGCGGUGGCGCUUUGCGAAAUAUGGCUACGAGGUGGUGCAAGUGACAUUGGAGCUGGUGGCUAUGCGUUGAUCAGAAGAUACCGUCAUCAGCUGUUUGUGGGUUUGGUUCUCACGGUCACCUACAUGACGGUUUUGUAUGGCAUGUAUGUGCCAGACUGGGAAUAUGAGGUCAUAUAUCCAGACACCACUUUUAAGCAUUUUAAGGUGAAAUGUGGGGUGAGGGGUGAUAUAGGGCCUGGCUGCAAUGCUGUGGGCAUGAUUGAUCGACGUGUUAUUGGAAUCCAACAUCUCUAUACACACCCCGUUUACCUCAAGACAGCGCAAUGUAGCAUCAACUCCCCACGAAAUGGGCCACUUCCACCAGACGGUCCGACAUGGUGUGAAGCUCCCUUUGAACCUGAAGGCCUCCUCAGUUCCCUGAUGGCAAUUGUGACCUGCUUGAUCGGGCUCCAAAUUGGGCAUGUCAUUGUGCACUUCAAGGAGCAUGGCGAGAGAAUAGUGCGGUGGUCGAUUCCAUCACUAAGCUUGCUGAUUCUUGGCUUCUUGCUUGACUUGUUUGGCUUGCACUUGAACAAGUCGUUAUAUAGUCUGAGCUACACCUGCCUCACCACGGGCACCGCGGGUCUCUUCUUUGCAGGAAUCUAUUUGCUGGUGGAUGUUUAUGGUUACAAGAAGCCGCUUUUCCCAAUGGAGUGGGUGGGAAAGCAUGCUCUCAUCAUAUUUGCUCUAGUGGCAUGCAACAUCGCCCCAAUCCUGGUGCAUGGCUUCUAUUGGAGGGAACCACAGAACAACAUUUUGAAAUUUAUAGGAAUCGGAGGCUGACUGCAUGUCUUCUCAGUGACGUUCAAGAUUUAGAGAGAACAAUAACACAGCAUAGAGCACCAGCUUUCUGAAACAGUCAGUGCUACCCGCAUGCUGUAACACACGCCUGUAGCAGGAGCGUCUUAGAAUUUUGGGACCCUAUGCUAAGUUUAGAAUUGGUCCAAUGCACGCGGAAAUUUCAACUAGCAAAUAUGACAUAGUCAAUUAUAUGCACUAUAUUGUGAGUUGCUUUAUUCUUUUCAUA